UCACAAACCACAUCGGAAGCCCUGCCCUCCAUGCAGGCACUGAAAAGCCACGCAGGCGCUCUUCUCCUCCCUCUUCAUGGCUAGAAUUUUUGUGUGCUGGUGCCCCAAAUCCUCUCCGUUUCCGGACACCCAUGGACGUGUUUUGGAUCCCUCUUCUCGCCAUCCUCACGCUCCUCCACCCAACCACGAGCACCAGCGACCCAACGGAGGUGAUCGGGGUCCUGGGUGGGUCCGUGACCUUCCACACCCACAACACAGGCGGAAAGCCAGCACUCUGGUUUUUUGGGACUGAAGCCAUAAUGACUGUGGUAUUUGAAGACCCUCCUCGACGACCAGUAUUUCACAAAGAUGAAUUCAAAACCCGUUUUGCUGUCUCUGAGAACGGCCGAGCGCUCAGCAUCUCCCAGCUGCGGAUGGAGGAUGCCGGGACCUACUCUGUAACCAUUGAUGGAAAAAAAUCCACCUUCACCCUCCAGGUGUUCAGGGAGCUGGCAGAGCCCACGGUGACGUGCGAGGCCCAGAACUGCUCGGACGGGAGCUGCAGCUUCUCCCUGCGCUGCUCCGUGCCUGGCGCCGGCCUCGGGAACGUCUCCUACAGCUGGAGGGUGCGGGAUCGGCCGCAGGACGGGGGCUCCGUGGUGCUGUGGGUGAACGAAUCAUCCCGGGAGGAGCCGGAGCCGCUGACGUGCACGGCACGGAACCCCGUCAGCAGCAGGAAUGUCACUGUCACCACCCCUGGGGUGCUCUGCUCUGGAGCCCUCUCCAGCAGCCAGGUCGGGGUCAGGGGCGGGGUCGUCAUCGUAGUCGGGAUUUUAGUCGCGGCGUUUUUAUCACUUUGCCUCGUGUUCUUGGGGAAAUCCAAAGGCUGGAGGAAAUUCCAUCUCUCCAAUUCCAAGCCUGCGGACACAGCGGCCACUGACUACACGACCGUGUACGCCGAGGUGGGCCCUUCCCAGCAGCACCGAGCCAUAAAACAUUUAAAAAUCGUCUUGCCCCAGGGCGUCCCUAACGGAAUGAAAGCCAAACCCACGGACGGGGGAUCCGCCACAACCAUUUAUUCCCUGGUCAAGCGUCCGGAGCAGGCGGAUGAUGGCACGGCAGAAAAUGCCGCUGUGACCGGCCUGGAGCUGGUCUAGAAGGACCUAGAACCUGUCUAGAAGGACCUAGAACCGGUUUAAAGGAUAAUAAACUGGUUUAAAGGACCUGGUUUAAGAACAUGAAACUGGUUUAAAAUAUCUGGAAGUGAUUUAAAGGUCUGAAGCUAUUUUAAUGAGUCUGGACCUGGUUUACAAGAAACCAAAACUGAUUUAGAAGAAGCUGGAACUGGUUUAGAAGAAACCAGAACUGAUUUAGAAGAAGAUGGAACUGGUUUUAAAGGACCUGGAAACUGGUUUAGAAGCAUCUGAAACUGUUUUAGAAGGAUCUGGAACUGGUUUAAAGGCUCUCCACUCCCCAGCCAGAUGGAUGGACCCCACAAGGCGACUCUGGAAUAGCUCCAGCAUUCCCAAUCCUGCUCCAGACCUGGAUCUCACGGAUCUCCCCCUCCUGGAAUCUCCCUUCCCCCCCUCAUCUCUGCUGCCUCAGUUUCCCUCUCUUUGGGAUUUCAGGGAGGAUUUUUGGGAACUUUCUCCAUGUUUUUGGUGGCUCCGUGGGAUUCAGGCUCCUUUUCCCACCAUCUCCCACCAGAAUUCUGGACAAAACUCUGCCAAAGCUGCGGGGACUCCCAGACAGGCUGGAGGAGACUCUUAAAAGGGUUUUUCCACGGAAUCGCGGAAUUACUGGAGUUGGAAAAGACCUCCAGGACCACCAAUUCCAACCUGGGACCAAUCCUGGUCACCCAGACCAACAUCCAAUGCAUUCCUUGGACACAUCCAGGGAUGGGGGCUCCAAACCAGCCCCUUUUUGGGUGAAAACCACAUUUUUUAGAAGGAAUUAGCUCAGGGAACAUUUGGAAACUAUUUUUUUGCAAAUCAUUAUUUUUUUUUUUUGUAAAUUACUUAUUUGUAAAUUAUUUUCCCCCCCUCUUCUGCUGCAUUUUGAGCCUUGCAAAAACUUUGGUUUCUUGCAGGGCUGAAAACAACCAAAAAUAACGCCAGGAAGUUGAAACGGAACAACAAGAAGCGAUGUUGCCGUGUCAAAGCUCGUGUGGUUUCAGCACCUGUUCCCUUUCCCAACCUCAGAAAUUUCUAAAUCUUACAGCGCUCCCCUCCCCCAAAAACCCUCAGCCCCACCAAUCCCUGCAGGGCCAGGGUUCGGGAUUUGGGAUCCGGGAUUUGGGAUCCGGGAUUUGGGGUGGAUCUGAGGGAAAACGGGACACGGAGAGCGACUUGGGUGUGUUUGCAUGUGGGGUUUGGAUUCUGGGUGAGGGAUUUGGGCUGCUGGAGCUGGGAGGAUUCCCAGCAGGAAUCUGGGGACCCCAGCAGGAAUUUGGGAAUCCCAGCAGGAAUUUGAGAAUCCCAGCAGGAAUCCCAGAAGAAAUCUCAGCAGAAAUUUGGGGACCCCAGCAGGAAUUUGGGAAUCUCAGCAGGAAUUCAGGGAUCCCAGCAGGAAUCUGGGGAUCUCAGCAGCAAUCUCCAGGAGCAGAAUGAAUUCCUUUGGAACGUGCACCGUGCUGGGGGACAAGGACCCGAGCAGGGGGCAUGGGACAAAUUUCCCCCUUCCUCUGCUCCCCAAAUCCACCUGGAAAUGGCAGAAAUCGCCCCAAAACCAAGAACUGGCCUGGAUUUUCCAAUGCCUCCGGAAUUCUGGGAAUUCUCUUCCCUCCCGUGCCUCUUCCCGCUGCUCUUUGUCUGUGCCUUGGUGAAUUAUUCACGGGUGGCACCGUGAGCUGCCUUUGAAGUCUCUGCAAUAAGAAUUCCAGACACAUCCAGCACCGUUCCU